AUGUCUGGCGAUGAUGAGGUUUCUUAUGGCUCUGGAGAUGAAGUAAACGUCAUUGAUGGGCACAACAAGCGUGCAACACCUUCUAGUGGUGCUGGUGCUGGGCCAACCCGUAAGAGAAGUCGAAAGGCUUGCGGUGAUUCGAUUGUCGAAGCAAUGCUUGAAAUUGCAGCUGCUUCCAAAAUGAGAGCUGCUGCUUUGACUAAGAAUGGUGAUAGAUUCUCUAUCAGCAAAUGCAUCAAAACAUUGGACGACUUACAAGAUUCGUCAACUAGUAGCUUCGAUUUUGACAUAGAAUUGGAUGAGAUGGAAUUAGUUGCUGCAGCUGCUGGUUACAUGUACUACCACAGUCGAGUAAAUCAACCUCAGCGUCAUUCGUCUCCUGUGAUAUGUACAUAUCUGAAAGAUUUGCUAGAAGGCCCUGUGGAAGAUUUCAGGGAACAGCUUCGGAUGGAUAAACAUGUGUUUCAUAAAUUAUCUGAAAUCCUUCGCGGUAAAGGCCUGCUGCGAGAUACUCCCACUGUUUUAGUAGAAGAGCAGGUUGCUAUAUUCUUAUGCAUCAUCGGUCAUAAUGAGCGAGUCAGGGUUAUUCAUGAGAGGUUCCAGCGUUCUUGUGAGACCAUUAGCCGGCAUUUCAGCAAUGUGCUCAAGGCAGUUAGGUCGUUGUCACGCGAGUUCCUUCAGCCACCACCUCUGGAAACACCUAUAGAGAUUGUCAAUAGCAAAAGGCUUUAUCCGUAUUUCAAGGAUUGUAUUGGAGUUAUAGACGGCUUGCAGAUUCCUGCUAACCUUCCUACAAAAGACCAGUCUCGGUUUCAGAACAAGAAUGGCGUACUUACGCAGAAUCUGCUUGCAGCUUGCACUUUUGAUUUGCAGUUUAUAUUUGUCUCCGCGGGAUGGGAAGGCUCUGUUGAGGAUUCACGCAUCUUAAGAGCGGUCCUGGACGAUCCGAACCAGAAUUUCCCUCAAGCUCCCAAAGGGAAAUACUAUCUUGUUGAUAGAGACUACAGAAACACAGAAGGAUUCGUCGCUCCAUACCCGAGAACUAGGUACCGUCUCCACGAGUUCCGUGGCGCAAGGCAGAUGCCGCAGAACGCGCAUGAUCUUUUCAAUCACCGGCACUUGUGUCUAAGCAACGUCAUUCAACGAUCAUUCAGCAUUCUGAAAACCCGGUUUCCAAUCCUGAAAUCCGCGCCUCCAUACCCGUUUAAUGUCCAGAGGGAUCUGGUGAUUGCAACUUGUGCGCUGCAUAACUUCAUUAAAAGGGAAGACGGCAUCCAUGACUGGCUCUUUGCCGCUGCUGCUGAAGAUCAUGGUCCGGUGGAGGAAUCACAUGGACAAGAGGAAGACGAACUAGAGUUGCUGCACUUGGAUUUAACGCCUAUGGACCUUGCUGCUGAUUCACAACGAGACUCCACUGCAUUUACAAUGUGGGAUGAUUUCAUGAACAAAUGGGAAGAAUGGUAA